AUGUAUUCAAAUAGAUUUAAAUUAACAAAUCAUAACAACGAAAAAGAUGACAAUAAUAAUAAAAGGAAGAAUUUAAUAAUAGGAUUUACAGGUAGUGUUGCAUCAAUUAAAGCAACUCAAUUAAUAGAAUCUUUAAAAAAUGAUUAUAAUAUUAAUAUAAUUGUAACAAAGAAUUCAUAUCAUUUUUGUAAAGAUUUAGAAGAAUUGGAAUGUGUAAAGAAUGAUAGUAUUGAAAUAUUCCAAGAUCAAGAUGAAUGGGAUAGUUGGUCUAAAAGAGAUGAUCCCGUUUUACAUAUUGAACUACGUAAAUGGGCAGAUGCUAUAUUAAUCGCACCUCUAUCUGCAAAUACAUUGGCUAAAAUUGCAAAUGGAAUGGCUGAUAAUUUAUUGACAUCAGUAAUUAGAGCAUGGGAUUUUAAAGAAUCAAACAUUUGGAAACGAUUGGUCAACUAUCAAAAAAUGUAA